AUGUUGAGCCGAAUAUCAAUAACUCGACAUCUACAUUCGUGCUCAGCUGCUUCAACAUCAUUUUUAACACCUUCAAGUUGUAUUUCUAAUAAUAAAUCUCGUCGAUGUUUGAGUGGAUUACCACCUGGAAUUGCUCCGGCGUUCCAAUAUGCCACUGAAUGUUAUAUUACACAAUCAAUUCAGUGGGGGAUGGAAGUAAUUCAUUCUACCGGCUUGGCUUGGCCUGGUGUAUUUAUUUCGACAGCAGUAUUUCUACGCCUUGCUACAGCACCGAUUCAUAUUUAUGCUGAAAAGCUAUUCGCUGAUAGAUUACACGCUCAAAAUUUUUUGACUAGCGAAAUUUUGAAGAAAGUGUCCGAGAGAUACCGAGUAAAAGUGGGUCCAAGUGCUGAUGGUUCGAAACUUGAAAUCAAAUCUGGAGACCCCAAAAUCGCGCAAAAAACUAAAGAAGCUCUGGAAAAUAUACCAUCAUUGCUUGCGGAGCACGGCCUCCAAGCAGCUCGCAUUCAAAAUCUCAAAGUUUGCACAGUUCCUAUUUGGAUUUUUUCUUCAUUUGCUCUUAGGAAUAUUAUUAGCUCUGAUUUUCACCCAUCAGUAGCAGGCGCGCUUUGGAUUCCAGACAUGUUAUCGCCAGAUCCUUAUUUUAUCUUACCAGUAGCCGUCGGUGUUUUCGGUUUUUUGAAUCUUUACUCCCAAAGAAAAAUUUAUCCCGGCGUCAUCCAACUUACCUGGAAACAAAAAUCAUAUGACGCAGUUCUGGCAUUUUUCACGAUGUUCGCUGUCACAAUAAUGUCUCAAUUACCAGCGUGUAUUCCUCUGUAUUGGCUCAUUGUCUCGACAACUGGAAUGGCACAAGCACAGCUUCUUCGACAUCCAAAAGUUAAAGCUCUGCUUAAUAUCAAAAAGUUGCCAACUGAUUCAUCAACGCCGAUUCGGGAUUUGUUCAAAAUGCGAAAAAUCUAA